UAUCGAACUGAAGCUGCGAUGAUGCAGCCCUGCCAAACAGCUGUUCGGCUGUGUGAUAAUAAUUUGGGUUUUUUUUACACAACACACGCUUGAUUCGUUUCAAAAUCCACUUUCCUGAAUCGAAAUCCCGCUAGAAUCGCCUUGGCAGAGAUGUCCAUGCUGCCCAACGUGGGGAACAAUGAGUCGGCGGCUCCGGCGCCCAGGAUGUUUGGCGAUGCGGAUCUGGACAAGAUGGCCAUGCAGUACGUGGGCAACAUGCAGCACUACCGCGAGAACAUCGUAAUCCCCAAGAGCAACGGCCCGGUCAAGAUCAAGACCAACGAGGAGAAGUACAUAGAGACGGCGGUGGAGAGCUGCGGCUUCAAGUGCGCCAUGGCCUGUGUGAUGGGCUACGGUUUGGGAGCAGCCUUGGGCUUGUUCAGCGCCUCCGUGAAUCCCAGCAUGGCCGAUCCCUUUGCGAAUGAGAAAAAGCAGACGGCCCGAGAGGUAUUCCGUGAAAUGCGGGCCACCACCCACUCGUAUGCGAAGAAUUUCGCGCUGAUCGGAUGUGUAUUCUCCGCCGUAGAGUGCACCAUCGAGAGUCAUCGAGGAGUGACGGACUGGAAGAAUGGCACCUACGCCGGAGGCAUCACCGGCGGACUGAUUGGGCUGCGGGCUGGCAUCAAAGCGGGCGUCAUCGGCGGACUGGGAUUCGCCGCCUUCUCCACGGCCAUCGACUACUAUAUGCAUUCUAGAUAGGCUCACUUUUUCGGUUACCUUGUUUCGUAUAAAUGUUUGUUUCUAACUA